UUUUGCCGAUAUUUUCUUGCUGUUUUGCCCAUCGUUACCCGCCUUCGAUUUUGUCAGUUUCGACGCGCGAUUUUCGCGUGCUCUGUCAUAGACUUCUUUGUCAUGACGAUGGGUAGAAAUUCUACUUUUACUCUACUACAUUUCGUACUUUAUACCUUUAAGACAGUCUCUUGUUAUUUGGAGGUAGUUUGUGUUGAAUGUGGUGAUAAAUGUUGCGCCUUGCGACGGAUAUGCCCUGUGUAUGCUCUUAAUUGCAUCGCCCUAUGGCGACUACUCAACCACAGCCAACAAAUUACACCCCGAAUUUCGACUCCGUCGAAGCGAAAUCCCAAGCCACGUCAAGCAAUGUGGUUUCGACGCCACAAGCUUUCACCCAGCAAGUUGCGAGUGGCGCGGCCGCCAUUUCACACGACAUUGUUGUGACCUCGCAAAAUAUUGUUCCUUCGCCUCAACACGCUUCUUUACCAGCGAAUGCUGUAACUUUGACAGUCCAGCCAGCCCAGAUUCAAACUCCGCAAACUGCAUUAAUCUCAGCAAAUGUUAUUACGAGCGAUGGCUUCCAGACGAAAGAAGGUUUCCCGACCGCAGAGGAACAGUACGUUGAGGCCUUGUCGGCGGAACAUGCCAUUUACCCAAAUGGAACAGCGGGCAAUGCUUAUCACUACACUGAUGCAACAAUAUUUGGACAGCAAGCUACAUCAUCGUAUCUUGAAGCAAGCCAACAGCAAAACCUAAUUUCAGCUGCUGCAACCACACAAGGCAGUGUCCCUAGUGGACAAACAUACCUACAAGUCACUCAGGGAGGAACAACCAUACAGACUCAAAGGCAUCCAAUAACACAUACCACCAGGGCAUCUCCUGCAACAGUUCAGUGGCUGGUUGAAAACUAUGAAACAGCAGAAGGAGUGAGCCUGCCCCGCAGCACACUUUAUAAUCAUUACCUUCAGCACUGCCAGUCAAAUAAACUUGAUGCAGUAAAUGCUGCAAGCUUUGGAAAGCUCAUUAGAUCAGUUUUUAUGGGACUGAGAACCAGACGACUUGGCACAAGGGGUAACUCCAAGUAUCAUUAUUAUGGAAUACGCAUUAAGCCAAGUUCACCAUUAAAUGCUUUGUCAGAUGAUCCCCAAGUGGCUAUGAGACAAUCACCAUCCACACAAAAGAGACUGAAGCCUGCUGCCAGAUUAGCCUCUGAUGAGUCAGGUGAUACAGCAUCACACUCACCAGCAAUGACAGCUGAUCAACAAGCACAGCAAAGUCAGAUGCAGCAGCACCAGCAGUAUCUGGGUGAUGUCACACAAGGGUUACCAGAGUUUGAAGAGCUUGACCUCAAGGGUGUUCCUCUACCAGAGGGUAUCACAGAUCAUGAUCUUGACACCUUUGUUGACAUGUAUCGAGAACAUUGUGAGGCUUUUCUUGAUGUUGUAGUCAACCUGCAGUUUACUUUGGUUGAGUCACUGUGGCAAACAUUCUGGCGACAUCCAGUUGGAAGUGAUAAAUCAGGGGCAGAUGAUGAUGAUAAAAAGGAUGUUGGUGAUGAUGGUGAAUAUGAAAGCAGGCUUUCCCAAUCCAAAUUGACACAACUGUGUGAAUUUGAUCCAGUGAUUACAUUUGUCAAAGCAUGUGAUCAUCUUCUUUAUCAGACACUGGUUGAAAUCCUCAUUCCUGAUGUGUUGCGACCAAUUCCAGCUUCCUUGACACAGGCUGUACGUAAUUUUGCCAAAGGCCUGGAGGGCUGGUUGGUCAACAGUCUAGAUCAGAUUCCAAAGAAGAUGAGUGAUGUAAAAGUAACCACUUGUAGUGCCUUUGCACAAACUCUGCGUCGCUAUACUUCAUUGAAUCAUUUGGCCCAAGCAGCACGGGCUGUGCUUCAGAAUUCUUCCCAGAUCAGUCAGAUGUUAGCUGACCUUAACAGAGUGGAUUUUGCCAAUGUGCAAGAGCAAGCCUCUUGGGUGUGUCAGUGUGAUGACCAUGUUGUGUAUCGACUGGAGCAGGAUUUUAAACUCACUCUCCAGCAACAGAACUCUCUUGAACAAUGGGCCACCUGGUUGGAAGGCGUAGUAGAUCAAGUGCUGAAACAGCAUGAGGGAACAGAUGAGUUUCCCAAGGCAGCAAGACAGUUUCUAUUGAAGUGGUCAUUCUAUAGUUCUAUGAUAAUCCGUGACCUUACUCUGAGAAGUGCAGCCAGUUUUGGGUCAUUCCAUUUGAUCAGGCUCCUUUAUGAUGAGUACAUGUUCUACUUGGUGGAACACAAAGUUGCUAAAGCCAUUGGCGCAUCACCUAUGGCAGUUAUGGGAGAGUUUGUUGGCCUUGGAUCAGCACUGUCUAUGGGACUUGAUUCAGUGGAGAAUAGCCUUCUAUCAGAACAGCCUGACUGCCCCUUAAACUUAGAUGGUACCCAGGCCACCGGUUCAAGUACUUCCUCCAGCACCACACGCCCAUCAGUGACUGGGUCCUUGGAGCCAGAGGCCAAACGGCCACGCCCAAGUUAAAUCGUCAUUUAAUAUAUCCCUGUAAAAUAUGAACAGAAAUAUUUUAUUCCCAAAAUCUUGAUGGCAUAUUAAUAAGCAAAAAUAGUUCUUUGUAGUUAAUCAGAAACAAAUGUUUCAGAUCAGUAGCCUGUAAGAGCUCUACAUGUAAAUUAAUCUUGAAAUAUGGGAAAAUGUACCAUUGUAAUUUAUAUUUCAUAUAAUACAUGUUGUUGAUUAGUCCUAUUGAUUUAAUUAAAAUAGAAGUUGCCUGGCAUAUUUGUAGAUAAUACUUAUGCCUUUGCAGUGAUUAUCACUUAGUAUGAUCCAUGUCACAGUCUUUUUGUAACAGUUGACUUGAAUUCUUCAGAAAAGAAGAGUUCUCUUUAACUAAACAUGACAGGAGCUAUCUUUAAAUUGUCCAAGUUAUCUAGGCAUAGAAACAUAGCCUUCUUUUCUCCUUUCGAUUUGAUUUUUAAAAUGUAGUUCUACUGCACAUUUGAAAAUUUAUAACAGUGAAACAAAAGAAACAGUUUAGACAGUUAAAAUAUUCUCAAGAAAAACAGCGAUUAAUUUCCUGAAAACAAUGUUUAUGCAAGGCAUUGUUUACUAAAUUUAUCUUAGAACAAGUUUCGAGAUAGUUCAACGAUUCAGAAUACUAUUUUUGCCAGUCAAGUAGUGCAUGCUGAAUUGACACAAAGUUACUGCUACUAUUCAGCAUUUUUAUUAACAGUCUUUCGCUGUUGAGAAUUAAAUUCUAUUAAGAGUUAAAGUUAAAAAAAAGAAAGCAUUCAUAAAGACAUUAAUGUUACGUGUACAUCAUUAAAUGGAUAUAUUGGGAUAUCUUUUGGA